GCUCGAAGAAUCUCCAUGAAGAAGCGCAUCUGGAGAAUCUCACUGAUUUCCCAAAUUUCUGAUCUGCUCUGCCUUUCUCGUGGGUCUUCUUCAACCUUGAAGACUCUGACCCCCUUCUGCUUUACCCUCUUCAGGUCUCCUAUACACCCUCCCUUCAAAUCCGCUUCGGCUUUGAAAACCCAAUUGUUGCGCUUCUGUAAUGAUUCCGAUAAAGUUGCCUCUGUUUUGGAGAGUCACGACGAAAUCCAAGGAGCUGCUUUUCUUGAGCUCCUUAGGCAGUUACGUCCUUGGCCCGUUUUGUCCCUAGUGGUCUUCGACUGGAGAAGAAACAAGGCACUAUGCGAUGGUGUGCCCAUGACUGCUAAGGGCAUUACAAUUUCUGGUAGAUUGAAGAAUGUCGAUUUGGCGCUUUCCUUGUUUAACGAGUCCCCAAAGAAGACCACCUCCCUCUACAAUGCUUUGAUGGGUGCUUACAUGUGCAACGGUUUGGCAGAUGAUUGCAAGCAGCUCUUCCUUGACUUCAAUGCUCAACAACGAGGGCACUCCUCUACUCCUUCUGUCUCUACUUACAACAUCCUCAUUUCUCUUUAUGGCGUGAUACAGGUCUAUGCUCAGGAUGAUAAUCUACAUGCCAUGGAGAAUUUCAUAGACCAGGCUAUUACAAAAGGACUCCAGAUAGAGACUGAUGGUACUAUGAGAUCAAUUGUGGCUAGUUACUUCAGGUGCAAUGCGGCUGAUAAGCUUGCCAAAUUCAUGCAGCGUGCAAUCUCUGCUGGAUGGAAAAUGAGCAGGUCUAUGUUCCAUGGCUUAAUGAUCAUGUAUGGAUCUCAAAAGCGUUUUAAAGAGAUGGAAGACGUCCUCUCUGAAAUGGAAAGAUUUAACAUAAGCCGGUCCAAGAAGACUUUUUGCAUUCUGCAUAGAGUAUACGUAGCAGCACAUGGACAGGAACAUAAGGUCAAUCAAGUCGCAGGAAUGAUGUUAAAGGAUGGACAUGACCUUUGGAGACGGGAGGACUACCUGAAGCUAUAAAUAUCCCUUGGUUUUUUCAGAAACUCAUGGUUGACUUCACAUAGCUUAGUUGGGGCAGUAUAAUGAUGGACUAUAAUAGUGAACCGAUAAGAAUAGGCAGUAGAGUGAAAGAGUUGUGGGAAAAUAGGAUACAACAAGAUUGAAAUGUUAUAGAAGAGAGACACAGCAUUUUGUUGGAAGGAAUGAAUAGCAGCUAGGAAUCAAACCAUUGAAUUGAAGAAGGAAGAUAGCAUCGAGCAUGUAUCUUGAUUGUAGAUUUUGCUCUGGUGGAAAACCCAAGGAUGGAAGUUGCUGUGGAAGAUGAAUCGAACGGUGCGGCGAGGUAUGAGAAUUCGAAGGCGGAGGAAACUGAAAAGGCGAUAGCUUGUUUUUCUGAAGCCGCGGCAAAGAUUGAUCCAUCAGAUCUUGCGGCUUUCCUCGAACAAUUAUUGGACAAGUUUUGGAGUCUUCCGGAGGACCAGGUAUUGAGAUUUAUCAAUUACUUUGAGAUUAAAAUCUCCCAAGAAUCGUUUCCAUGGGUCAACAUGUUCAAGGAGUCUCCUUUAUCCACGCUGAUCCAUUUUCCAUUGUCUCAUAUUUCUACAUCAGUCGAUUGGAUCAACAAACUUCCAUUUCUGACACUCAGAGCCUUUCUACUUUGGGCCUGUAAAUCCCUUGCAGAUGCCAAACCUACCUAUCAAGUCAUUUUGGGAUUUAAGAUAUGCAUGUGUGAUUGAAUGCGUCUUAUUACUCAGUUACCUUUGUCUGUCAAACUCCAUCUUGUUUUACCAUUAGCUGGUGGCAUUACUUAUUGGAUUAGCCAUGAUAUUGCGUAGUAAGCCUGCUACUUUGAGCCUUUGACUGCUGUUUUGCCAAAGCUGAGGGACAGACCCAUCUAUCAAGGCCUGGACAAGCUUCCGCUUUUAGUUUGGAUGAUGGCUCAGGCCUCCCAAGGUGAUUUAUUUGCUGGCUUGUAUUCUUCUUAUCAGCAUUUUGUCCAAUCCAGAGGCUCGGACCAUACUUGUAAAUCGAGCUAUUAGGGACGGAGAGCGGCUGAUUCCACCUUCUUCAUUUGAGAUCUUGGUGCGGCUUACGUUCCCUCCUUCAUCCGCUAGAGUAAAGGUAACAAAGAGGUUUGAGAAAGUUUAUCCCUUGUUGAAAGAAGUAGCCCUUGCACUAGAGAGUGGAACAGAAGGAAACGCAGUGGAACAGAUAUUCACUUUUUCCUUGAAAGUAGCUGGAGAAGGUGCUAUUAACAAACGAAACCUUGAAUCCUCGAGUUUUUUGCUUCCCUCACUCGUUCUGAUGUGUUGUUACAAGAAAUUCUGGUCUAGCCAAGGAAACUGCAGCAAUCGCUAUCUGGUCUGUGACAGAAAACGUUGAUUACUUUAAGCGCUGGGAAAUUCUCUAUAAGGAGCAUCUAGAAGCUAGCGUUGCUCUUCUUAGAAAGCUUGUAGACGAAUAGAAGGUCAUUCCCCUAAAUUAUCAUCAUCAUAUUAUCCUCUA